AUGGAGAAACUUAGCGGUUAUAAGAUUCCAGUGAUUGAGAACCUGGGUGCCACCCUGGACCAGUUUGAUGCCAUUGACUUUUCUGACAAUGAGAUUCGGAAGCUGGAUGGGUUUCCCCUGCUGAGAAGGCUGAAAACAUUGCUGAUGAAUAACAACAGGUUAAGCCGAAUAGGUGAGGGACUUGAGCAGUCUUUACCAAAUCUGAAGGAACUCAUUCUUACCAACAAUAACAUCUUGGAGCUGGGUGAUCUAGACCCCUUGGCAACAAUUAAAUCGCUGACUUACUUGAGUAUUUUGAGAAACCCUGUAACGAAUAAGAAGCAUUAUAGGCUGUAUGUCAUCUACAAGGUCCCACAAGUCAGAGUGCUGGACUUCCAGAAAGUCAAAUUGAAAGAGCGUCAGGAGGCAGAGAAAAUGUUCAAGGGCAAGCGGGGUGCACAGCUUGCAAAGGAUAUUGCCAGGAGAACCAAAACUUUCAACCCAGGUGCUGGUUUGCCAACAGACAAAAAGAAAGUGGGACCCUCUCCAGGAGACGUUGAGGCAAUCAAGAAUGCCAUUGCUAAUGCCACGACUCUGGCUGAAGUAGAGCGGCUCAAGGGGUUGCUGCAGGCUGGGCAGAUACCUGGCAGAGACCGAAAAGCAGGCCCAUCAGAUGAAACUGAAGAAGAGAUGGAAGAAGAUGCAAUGGCCAACGGAUCAUAAAACAUUUUCUACCUCCGGAGGGUCUGCAGAAUUCGAUUCUAUAAUUGUCUGGUCAACACAUUUGAAUGUGCUAAAGAGCCAAGAUGGUAGUGGGGUUUUUUUUAGGGUUUUUCCAGAGGCUCUAUUGGUUUAUGUGAAUUAAAUCACAGCUUGUAAAUUUUAUACUGUACAUUUGAAGUAUAAAUAAAUGUGUCU